GACAUGUAAGAAAAUUCACAGUUGAUGGGGUUGUAGUAAUUACUCUAACAGAAGAAUUUUUUCCAUAAUUUGACAUUGGCUCAGAUGUGACCGCAAUUUACCCUAUAAAAUAAAACAUGCUAAUAACCAAAAGCCAAACACACACACACACACACACAAAGUAUUACUAUAAUCAUCCAAGCCUUGGCUUUACAAACCGAAAGAGGAAAGAAGCUGGUUUUUCUCUCAUUCUUGAAGGUGCCAUUUUUCCAUCAAGAUUGAAAAACAUGCCAUCUUCGCAGAAUAUCGAGUCGACCAACAAAUACAAGAUGAGUGGUGAAGUGUUGUUUGAAAUAAAACUACAUGGAUUUCUUCUGUGGGCUUCAGUUGGAUUCUUGAUGCCUGUUUCUAUACUUGUGAAGAGGAUGUCUUCUUACACACAGGAAUCUCCUACAAGGCUAAGAUUCCUUUUCUAUUUUCAUGCUAUUACACAGGUUAUAUCGGUCCUCGUUGCAACGGCAGCAACAGUAAUGUCGAUAAAAUACUUCGACAACUCAUUCAACAACGAUCAUCAAAGAAUCGGGCUAGCCUUUUAUGCUAUCAUGUGGUUUCAAGCAUUUCUUGGCAUCUUCAGGCCACAUAGGGGAAGCAAAGGCAGAAGUAUAUGGUAUAUAUUUCACUGGCUAAUGGGAAUAGCACUUUCUUUACUUGGAGUGAUCAACAUAUACACAGGUUUACAAGCUUACCACAAGAGAACAUCAAAUAAUGUACGAAUUUGGACACUCGUAUUUACUGUUCAAAUCUCGCUCGUAUUUUUCGUUUACAUUGUUCAAGAAAAAUGGCAUUACAUAAAGAAACAGCGCGACGUUAUCGGAAACAAGACAGUGCAGCCUACGGAUCAAGAGAUGUCUCCGAAUUACCAGCAGCAUAAAGAAGUAUCGUCCGAACCUUGUUGAGAAUUAAUUAUAUACGAAACUUAUAGCUAUUUAGUCAUAUUUUGUAUUCACAUUGGAUUCUUUGCAAUCUUCUAAUGAUUUUUUUAAUUUUUUUUGCA